AUGAAGAUUCACGCUGAAGCUCUACGAAAACUACAAAUGGAGUUGGAAGAGUGGAAUGAUACAAAUGGAGGUGUAACACAAAGCGUUGCCUACAGCGAGAAACAUGUUUCCCGGGAAGCGUACGAAGAAUUCCAGAACCGGAAGACGGAUCUGCAAAUGAGAAUACAAGAAGAAAUGGACAAGAUUUCAUCUUUUUCUUCUACCAUCAAGAAACUCAGCGAUUCCAUUGGGAAACUGAAAAAAGAGAACAAAGAAGGCGAUCAGGAUAUUGAGGAUAUUGAGGAGGACGAGGAGGAGGAUAAGGAUGAGGAUGAGGAGGAAGAUGAAGUUGGACAGGAAAUGAAAGACCAAGAAGUGAGAACAAAGAAACUCGCGGAUCUGGAAAGGGUCAUUUUAAAUAUGCGAACGGGUGCGAGGAAAAAGAACUUUGAUGAGUUAGAGGAUAUGUUCGGUAUACUGACGCACCUGGGUGACCCUUACGACAUCCUGCCACACAGGCGUCUCGACGAGCACCUGUUGCGACAUGAACGAAUGCUGGAACGGAGUUCGCUAAGACAAGACUAUUACCGUUUCCGCUUGAGGCGACAGAUCUUAAUGAUGGAACAGUCGGACUCCCUCGACGAGUCAACUGAUACUGGAACUCAGAAGCCAGUGAAUCGAAAAUGUAUUCAGUGGCUAGAAAGACGAGUUUCCAAUGCUCAAGCUCUGGAAGAAUGUAUUCUAACGCUUCAGUAUUACCGUCAGAAGAUUGCAGGCCUGGAGAACCUCAAACUGGUUUUGAAAAGCGAAAUAUUCCUGGAACAAGCAUGGCUCAACGUGAUGCACGGUUCCAAGGACAUCGAGAAGAUGAGCUCAGCCCACUCUCAGGGCAAGUCAGAUCAUCUAUCAGGACGACAUUUUCCCAGCGAGAAGAUCUACACCACUCCUCUCGAGCAACAUGGCUUCAGAGUUCUUAUACUACUACCAGCACCGGACCCAUGUUUUCCCCUGGUCUGCAAGCUGGACCAAUGGUCGAUGACAGAAAUCACCAAUGCUGCCAACAGCGGCCAGACUCCAGAAAAGAAUACCUGCACUAUCUUAUUUCUGGGGGCAAGACAAAAUGACGAGGACGCCCCUGGUCUAGAUGACCCCAGUGAUUGGGGCGCAGCAGUCAAGAGAGCUACCCGAAUCCGCAUUCGGAACAACCUUUUCCGCGCUCUUCUUCGGUUGAGAAGACACGGGACCAAUGAUGAUGCUAAUGCUAAUCCUCUGGCUGUCUGGGUAGACUUCUUGAGCAUCCAUCAGAAGGACGCAAAGGAGAAAACGGAACAGCUUGGCAGGAUGGUGGAUAUUUAUAGUCAUGCUAGCCAAGUUUGCAUCUGGCUAGGUGAGAGUGACAGUGAAGGGCGCAGUGACAAGGCCAUGAAGUUCAUCCCUACAAUCAUGGACUUCGCCAUGUUGGAGCGCUAUGCCCGCGAUAAAACGAAGGCCGAAAAGUGGUAUGCUCUUGGAGAGCUGAUGCGAGAUAGAUGGUUCUCCCGAAGAUGGGUUGUUCAAGAGAUGGCUCUGGCCAAAGAUGCGACAGUUCAUUGUGGUGAGCAUGUAGUUCGAUGGUCUGACUUUGCCGACGCAGCCUCUUUAUUAGUGUCGAACCAGGAGAUGAUCAAGACUUUGUUUGAUUUCUCUGAUUGGCGCGAAGGCCAGAACACUCUUGGUGCCGUCCAAUUCUUUGGCGCCUGGAUCCUUCUUGAGUCAACCAACAAUCUGUUCAGACGAAAGCCCAAUGGCGAGAUCAAGAAGCCUAUCAAGUCAAUCGAAUACCUCGUGACAUCGCUAAAGACAUUUGACACAGGAGAUACACGCGAUCUCAUCUACAGUCUCGUGAGCAUUGCUAGCGACACAUCAAUGAACCUAUGGAAUCAUGAUAGCGGCGACAAUAAAGGUGAGGUAUUGGUCAGGGACUACAAGAAGUCCGAAGUUGCUGUUUACCAAGAUUUUACCAAGUUCUGUGUCCAAUCAUCAGGGUCUUUAGACGUCAUAUGCCGCCCUUGGGCAAUGCCAUGCCAGAAAAAGCUCAAACUACCAUCUUGGAUUCCUCUAUUGGACAAGUCGGAGUUUGGGAAACCAGAGGAGGUUUACACUGGAAGAAAGAACGGUGAUAAUCUGGUUGGACCAGCUGGGUCGCCCCAAUACGAGGCAUCUGGAAAGUCCAAGUACAAACCACAUUUUGAAAGGAGCACAGCAGAAUAUGCGGAUUCAAAAGACUCUGAAGCAGAGAUUCUUGUUGUGGAGGGAUUCAAGCUGGCCACGAUCCAUGAGAUCUCCCCCGAAACACUGAUGAUAGGCUGGGAAACAUUCCGGCCUGACUCGAACAGCGUUCCUAGUGAGGUUUGGAGAACUCUCGUUGCCGAUCGAGAUACGGACAGUCGGGUGGCCCCAUCAUGGUACAAGAGGGCGUGUCUUCGUUGUCUCGAAAUUGCUCACAUGUUCAACAACGGCGACCUCAAUGUCGGCGAAAUUCUGCAAGGCCCCUCACAUAUGCUUUUUAAGUAUCUAAAGCGGGUUCAGAAUGUCACAUGGAACAGGAGAUUCUUCAGAGCUCACGGAUUCGAGCCGACCAGAGACACUGAUAGUCCUCUCCACUCUGGAGAUGAAGACGAAACAGCAAUUCCGGGGAAAGAGGACACAGAAGGAGGCCAGGAAGAAGGAGAAGAGACAUCUAAUGGCCACCAAGAAGAGGGAGAAGAGGCAUGCAUUGGAAAUCCAGAAGAAGGAGAAGAGGCAUCCUUUGGAAACCCAGAAGAACAAGAGGAAGCUCAGGAUGAAGGAACUUCCUCUAACAAUAUCAGGAGACAUGAAAGUGAGAGCGUAGUCACUGUUGAGAACGAGACCGACAAAGAGCAGACUGAAGCCCCGAAUGAUGGCAACGGUGAUGAUCAUACAAGUACGAGACAUGAAGCUGCUAUGGAGAUCAUUGACAAGGAAAGUGAGCGAAAGGAAAGCGGUGACGUGAAGGAACACGAUGGGAACAGUGGUGGGGAGGCUAGUGGCCAGACAGACGAGAAUCUUAGUGAUGGUAAGUUCACUGCCGAGGUCAUCAGUGAAGAGGCCGACAAUACGGAUGUCAAUGACAUAGAGGGCAACGGUCAGGUGGAGGAUAAUAAGGAAGUCAGCGAAGAACUGAGCGGCCAAGAGUCAAAAGACAAGGAGUCAGCGAAGGGGCAAUCGAGUGACGAUGCCGGGAGUGAUGACGCCAGGAGUGACGAUGAUGGAAGCGAUGAUGAUGGAAAUGAAGAUGACGCAAAUGAAGAUGACGGAAGUGAGGAUGACGGAAGUGAGGAUGGCGGGAAUGAAGAUGAUGCGAUUGAAGAUGACGAGAGUGGCGAUGAUGGGAGUGAUGUACAUGAGAACACUGAGAGUUCCAGGGGGGACACUGCAACAAACCAGGACUCCAUGACUGUCUUGGGACUUUGUCCACCAGAUACCAGGAAAGGAGAUUUGAUAUGUAUCCUCCUGGGUUGUUCUGUUCCAGUUGUCCUGAGAGAGACAGCUGACAAGAAGCACAUGACUCUUAUUGGAGAAGCAUAUGUUCAUGGUAAAAUGGAUGGUGAGGCGAUGGAGGAUACACAUAGGGCGCUGGAAACCUUCUUUAUCGAGUGA